AUGUUCCACCCUCCGAAGGGCUGUGGCAGUGACAGUGUCGACUGCGGAACCGAUAUCGACUGCGGCAAGGACACCGUUGACUGUGGCAUCGAUAUCGACUGCGGCAGCGUGUGGCCCCAGUAUUGCUGCGGCGUCGUCAUCUGCAUCGUCCCCCCCGGGAGAUACAGAGGCCCCCCGAACUGGCCCGACGCACCCAGUUGGUUCGUCGCACCCAGUCCCGGCCGCACGCCUUCGCGUGAUCCUAACAUCAUCCGCAUCUGCCAGUGCGGGUCCGCUGGCGGCUCCAUGGUCGCAAAUAACCGCGACUCAUUGUGGCUGCUCCCCGGCGCCACAUAA